CAUUGCAAAAAACUGUAAAGCAAUGGUUAAGUGUAUCGAGUGUGACAGCCUUAAACACUUAUCUGCAAUGCAUCCUGGUCCUACUCCUGCCCCUAAGAGUACUACACCAGGAAACAACGACAAUGAAGAGCAAACUGAGAGCUCACCUUCAGUCGAGUCGAAGUGCACAGAGGUAUGUGGCCAAAGUGAUAGCCCACGUUCAUGUUCUAAGAUCAGUUUAGUCAAAGUGUAUCCCGCAGGCCAAAAAGAGAGAGCUAUAAAAAUGUAUGCAGUAAUAGAUGAUCAGUCCAACAGGUCACUGGUUAAGUCAGAGUUUUUCAGCCUUUUCGAUAUCAAUGCCAGACCCACUCCAUACACCUUAAAGACUUGCUCUGGCAGAGAACAAACCUCAGACAAUAGAUCUGAAAUACCCUCUCCAGAGAUUGCCCAGCAUCACCCACAUCUUCUUCCAGUCGCAGAUAACAUCCCACCUGUUGACCACCACGCCCCAAUCCUUUUACUCCUAGGACGAGACGUCAUCAGGGUCCAUAAGGUACGUGAGCAAAUCAACGGACCCAACAAUGCACCAUACGCCCAAAAGCUAGACCUGGGUUGGGUUAUUGUGGGGGAGGUGUGUUUAGGAAAAGCGCACAGUCAGUCAGAGGUCAAUGUCUACAAAACACACACCUUAGAUAAUGGACGUGCAUCCUAUUUUGAGCCUUGCCCAAACACAAUUCAUGUUAAAGAGAAUUAUGGGGUCACUAUGAAUGCUACCUGCGUCACAGACGAUUUGGGACACUCUGUGUUUGUUAGAUCUGAGGGUGAUAACAAACAAGCCAUGUCUAUCGAUGACAAAGCAUUCCUGACAAUAAUGGACAAUGAAGUUUAUCAAAACCAAGAGAACAGCUGGGUGGCACCUUUACCCUUUCGCUCACCGAGAAGGAGGCUCCCUGACAACAGAGAACAAGCCCUAAAACGCCUCUGCUCUCUCCGAAAGACUUUAGAAAAGAAACCAGAAACGAAAGAUUACUACAUCCAACAGAGAAUGUUGGAUAACAAUCAAGCUGACCAAGCCACUCGGUUCAUUCCAGCAGCAGACCUGCAGAACAGUACCUGGUUCUCAGGUCCACCCUUUCUGUACUCUGACACACACACAGAACCACACACUGGUCCUUUCACGCUCAUCGAACCUGAAAAAGACAGAGAGAUACGUCCAGAAAUAAAAGUAAUGAAAACUACUGUAUCAGAGCCACAGUUAGGUUCUGAGCGUUUCAAAAAGUACUCAAACUGGACCACACUUUUCAGAGUCAUAGCCAGACUCAUUCAUGUAGUUACAUCCUUUGCACAAAAGACAAGUGGACAAAGGGGAUGGAAAAGCUUCAGUGAGACACCAAAUGUCCAAGAACUCACCCGAGCCAAAGUAGUCAUCAUUCGAGCUGUCCAACAAGAAGCUUACAAAGGGACGCUUGAAAACAUUGAAGAAGGAAGGAAGGCCAGUGGCAUAUUUGACGCACUCAAAAAGCUCAAUCCUGUAGUGGACAAAGACAGUCUCUUACGAGUCGGUGGACAUCUUUCCGCUGCUGAUCUCACAGAAAAUGAAAAGCACCCUCUGAUUAUCCCAUCUACCAGCCACAUCGCCAUGCUAAUUGUAACUCACUAUCAUGAACAAGUAGCUCAUCAAGGAAGACACAUAACUGAAGGAGCUAUCCGUGGUGCUGGGUACUGGAUAAUUGGAGGGAAGCGGCUCGUGUCAUCUGUCAUUCAUAGGUGUGUCACAUGUCGCAAGUUGCGAGGCAAAAUGCAGAUCCAGAAAAUGGCGGACUUGCCCGCAGACCGAGUCACCCCUGAACCACCCUUUACCACUGUAGGCCUAGAUGUGUUUGGGCCAUGGACAAUUGUGACGCGUCGUACAAGAGGUGGUUGUUCCCAGAACAAACGUUGGGCUGUGUUAUUCACAUGCAUGUCAACUAGAGCUGUGCAUAUCGAACUGAUAGAGACUAUGUCUGCUGAUAGUUUUAUCAAUGCAUUAAGAAGGCUCUUCUCUAUUCGGGGCCCAGCCAAGUUUCUGCGCUCAGACAGAGGCACCAAUUUUGUGGGCGCUUGUAAGGAAUUAGGGCUAAACUCAGGAAACAAAGCAGUAGGGAAGUACCUGCAAAGGAAAGGGUGUGUUUGGACAUUCAACCCCCUCAUGCGUCUCACAUGGGAGGCUCGUGGGAGCGCCUUAUAGGGGUAGCCAGGCGCAUUCUGGAUGC